AUGCUCCUUCCCAGUGACCCAGAUAUCCUCCGAGUCCCAUUUGUCUGCUAUGGAUUUCUGUUACUGCUCCUUCAUACGCUGAGAGCCGUUAUUGCACUGGAGGAAAAGGUCAUCAGUAAACUUGGAGACAAUGCUACGCUAAGUUGCAUUUACCGAGCAAGAGAAUUGCACUUGGAAAAACUACGUGUAUAUUGGCAAAUAGCUGAUGAUCAAGAAGAGUGUUCAGUUGUGCAUGCACUGAUCUCUGGUCAUGAAAACGAAAGUGAACAGUGUAUUCACUUUAAGAACAGGACUCAAUUAUUCUGGGAUAGAUUGAAAGAGGGUGAUUUUUCUCUGCUACUACAAAAUGUGAGCCAGAGCGAUGAACAUACGUACAAAUGUGUUGUACUGCAGAAAACUGAAUAUACCAAAGUGAUUCACAAGGCAGAAGUGGUUCUCAGUUUAGCAGCUAGUUAUAGCCAACCAAUACUCAGUGGACCAAUAAGAAACAGUGACAGCACUGGAGAGGAGGUGACUUUCAGCUGCAGGUCUGGCAGUGGAUACCCAGAGCCCAAUGUUUAUUGGAUAAAUAAAACGGACAACAGCCACCUGCCUCCAUCAGAGCUAAAGAUCACCCCCCACACUGAUGGCACUUACAGCGUUUUUAGCACACUGAAGGUUAAAGCCACUUCUAACAUGCAAAUAGAGUGCUCCAUAGAAAAUAAAAUACUGCAGGAAAAUCUAUCAGCCAACUACACACAGCAAAAGCAAAGCAAUGGUUCUAGUACAGAAAGACCCCAAAACCUAGAAAAAAAUGGACAAGGUGCUCAAGCAGCUGGCAUUGUUUCUGUUGUCAUUCUGAUGGGUAUUCUAACUGCUUUAGGCUGCUGGCUGUGGAGAAGGAGGUCCUCUAAACUAGUGUCCUACACAG